UUUAUAAUUUGAAAAAUGCUACUGCCAUAUCUUUAAGAAAUCAGAAAAGAUAAAAACUGUUUUUCAGAAAUUAUAAAAACUGAUUCAAAGAAAACAUAUAAUUUUUAAAAGAAAAAAAAUGCAGAAAACUAAUAAUCGAACAAGUUUUGUACAAUUUUCAAAUUUUUAGUUUUCUAAAAAAAAAAAAAAAAAAAAAAAAACCAUUUGGUUCACAAUAAUAUGAGCGAGCAAUAGAGACUUGGGCAUCUUUCGGGCUGAUUCUGAAAUACCAACUAGUAUAUCAGGUCAAAUACUUGCCUUUUGACCCUCAAAGUAAUGCUCAUUCCUAUUCAUUUUUCAUUCGAAUUCAAUGUGUGAUGAACGCUUUAAAAGGUAAUUUCGCAGUACAACUCUUGUGAUGGUCCCAUAACUUGUGAUACACCAACACAUUUAUAAUAAAAAUUUAUUAUAUGCUCCCUGAAUUAUUGCUGCAAAUCAAUUACGAAUGUAUCAACUUUAUUUAGUUUUAAUAUUUUUUUAUUUUUUAUUUUUUCGCCUUCGGUGUCAAUCAGGGAUUAAUUUCUCCAUCUCUCUUUUGUAAAUGUGUUAACUGACAUAACUGGUCAUCUUAAAGAGACGUUCAAUGUUAAAAGUAGAAGAUGGUGGUUGUUUCGCGUUGUUGCCCGAAGUAAAUAUACAGCAAACUCUCCUAAAUUCUACCAUACCAAUCUUUUCUUUGCUCCGAUGGAGGAUUGCUAUCUACCUCAGGACUCCCUUUUUCUUGGAUUCGACUGUUCCACUCAGUCAAUGAAGGCCACUGUGUUAGACUCCAAUCUGAAAAUUGUCACUUCAGAAAUAGUUAGUUUCGAUUCUGAAUUGCCCCACUACAAAACCAAAGAUGGUGUUUACCGAGAUCCAUGUGUUGACGGCCGAAUUGUUUCACCCACUUUGAUGUGGGUUGAAGCAUUGGAUCUUAUACUUAAGAGACUUGUGAAAUUGAAAUUGGAUUUUGGGAAGAUUGUUGCUGUUUCCGGUAGCGGACAGCAACAUGGUAGUGUAUAUUGGAAAAAUGGGAGUUUGGCAAAAUUGACAUUGUUGGACUCGAAAAGGGCAAUGGUGGAUCAACUUGGUGAUGCCUUUUCGAUAAAGGAAUCUCCCAUAUGGAUGGACAGCAGCAGCACUCAACAGUGCAAAGAGAUUGAGAAAGCUGUUGGAGGUGCUUUGGAGUUAUCUAGACUUUCUGGAUCUCGUGCUCAUGAGAGGUAUGCCGGCCCACAAAUUCGGAAGAUAUUUGAGAUGCAGCCAGAAGUUUAUCGCGAUACAGAGAGGAUCUCUCUUGUUAGCUCCUUCAUGGCUUCUCUACUUAUUGGGGCUUAUGCUUGUAUUGAUGAAACGGAUGGUGCAGGGAUGAACUUGAUGGAUAUCAAGCGAAGAACUUGGUGUAAAAUAGCUUUGCAGGCCACAGCACCAGGUUUGGAGAAAAGACUAGGAAAGUUAGCUCCUGCACAUGCUGUUGCUGGUUUUAUUGCUCCCUAUUUUGUGGAGAGGUUCCACUUCAACAAGAACUGCUUGGUUGUUCAAUGGUCUGGUGACAAUCCCAACAGCUUAGCAGGUUUAACCAUCAACACUCCAGGGGAUCUGGCAAUUAGUCUUGGCACCAGUGACACUGUAUUUGGAAUUACCAGUGAUCCUCAACCAAGUUUAGAAGGACAUGUUUUUCCUAAUCCCGUGGAUACAGAAGGAUACAUGGUAAUGUUGGUUUAUAAGAAUGGCUCUCUGACUCGUGAAGAUGUGCGUAAUUGCUACGCCGAUAAAUCUUGGGAAGUCUUCAGCACAUAUCUGCAGCAAACACCACCUCUAAAUGGUGGAAAGAUAGGUUUUUACUACAAGGAGCAUGAAAUUCUUCCUCCCCUCCCAGCUGGCUUGCACCGUUACAUCCUUGAGAAUUUUACGGGUGACAUUUUGGACGGCCUAAGUGAACGUGAAGUGGAGGAAUUUGAUCCUCCUUCAGAGGUCCGAGCAUUGAUUGAGGGCCAGUUUCUCUCUAUGCGAGCUCAUGCUGAAAGAUGUGGGAUGCCUUCUCCAAAACGCAUAAUAGCCACUGGUGGAGCAUCAGCAAAUCUUAGCAUUCUGAACUCAAUAGCUUCCAUUUUUGGCUGUGAUGUGUAUACGGUCCAAAGACCAGACUCUGCUUCACUAGGAGCCGCGCUGAGGGCUGCUCACGGCUGGUUAUGCAACGAGAGAGGCAGUUUUGUACCCAUCUCAUGUAUGUACAUGGACAAGUUGGAGAAGACAUCUCUGAGCUGUAAGCUUUCAGCGACUGCUGGAGACCGAGAACUCGUCACCAGGUAUGGUUUGCUGAUGAAGAAGAGAGUGGAAAUUGAGAACUGCCUUGUCCAAAAGCUGGGACGUUGGUAAUAUUGAGAUAAAGAAUAAGGCACUAGCUUGAAAGAGGAAAUUCUCAACCAGUAUCGUGUCACAUUGUAUUGUGGUAGUAGCGUAAUUGAACCAGAUGUUAUGGGUUUUACAAUUUCUUGGUGAACUUCAAAUAAUACUUGCAUUUCUUAUACAAACUGAGUUGAUUGUAAAUACCACUAAAAAAAUUGAUUGUAAAUGACAAAUAAUAUUGAUAGUAAUGAUAAUGAUAAAGGAUGGUGGUUUAAGUUUA